AUGGAGAACCACUCGGAAAGUCAGCUUCCUCCGACGGCGACGAUGAUGACCCCGCCACCGGUCUUGGAGCUGGUGCACCCAAGAGUCGAGAAGUCUGAGGCGGUGGCUUCAGAUUCUCCCCCGGAAAAGAACGAGGCGGAGAAUGGCACAAAAGAGGAGAAGAAGCAGAUGAAGGUCAACCUAGGAAUAACGGAGGAAGCGGAGAAGAUGAACGUCGGGGAGGGGACACGGGAGAAAAACGGAUCGGAGGAGGAGAAGGAUAUCAUUAAAGAAGAUAAGGAAGCAGCAGCACUGGUCUGCGGCGGAGGAGCGCUGCUGACCUACAACGAGGGUGAGCUUCCCGGCUCGCCGAGCUUCCGGGUCUACUUCGUCGGGUCGGCUCGUGAGGCUAUCGACGACGACUCGCUCGACCCCAGCACGUCGAGCCUGGGUAAGCUUUGGCAUAACGUCCAUCCAUAUCGAAGGCCUAGCUGCGAUCUCUUAUGUCAUUAGCUAGAACCAGCGGAAUGGUAAAUACUGCAUGUAGUAUAACCCCUGCAUGGAUUCCAGGGAAGAUGGACGAGAGCAGCAGGGGAAGGAGGAACAGCAUGGAUUCCAGCAACUCAGAGGUAGUGUUUCCUGUUCCACUGAGACAGUCGUCCUCGUCCUUCGAAGGCUUCCCAUUCUUAACGCCGAUCACCUCUGCCCGCAGGAACGAGAAGCCAAGACGUCGACGAAGUCAAAGGGGAGAAGGUUCAGGGCACUGGCCAGACGGCACAGCGUGGUUCAUGGCUUCUUGAACGUCCGGUCCUGCUAUAACCACCGCCAAAGCGACGCCUCCGAUUGCCGAGAGAACUCUGGUAGCUGA